AUGUCGCAAGCCCGCGAUCAAUACAUUCCGAUCAUUGAUUCAAUUCUCGCCAGAAGUGAUUUGACCACCAUCUCUUCAAAAACCAUUCGCAACGGCCUUCAGGAUGAGAUCGGCUAUGAUCUUACCCCGCAUAAGCUUGCCAUCAAGCAGCUUAUCAUGGAGCGGUUCGACGUCUGUGCGGCACAAAAGGGCAUCCAAACCGCAUCCGAGACACCGGCGACCUCUGCUUCCACCACCAAUGGCCAUGGGAAAGACCACGACUCGGUGACCCCUGUUGAGCCGUCCUCUCCGGCCCAAUCUUCCAUGUCGCAGAAACGCCAAGCGGAGAGUGAGGAACAUUCGGACACUUCAAGCAAGACUCCUCCUGUUAAGAAGCAGAAGCCCGACAAUGACAUCGAUGCGGAUGCCCUGUUCGCGGCCAAACUUCAGGCCGAGGAAAACAUGCGUGCGCGCCAAACCCGCGGGGCUAGUACACGCAGAAGCCAGCCUGUGAAGAAGAAGCAGCCUGCCAAGGCAAAGACAUCCAAGAAAGUGAAGGCUGAGGACGAUUCGGACCUUGAAUCGGGCUCGGACUCAGGAAAGAAGGUCAACAGAUCUGGCGGGUUUCACAAACCGCUGACUCUUUCCCCGGCACUUUCGGCUUUGUUGGAUGGCGAGGUGACGCUCUCGCGACCGCAGACAGUGAAGCGGCUUUGGCAAUACAUCCACGAGCAUGAUCUUCAGGAUCCCAAUGACCGGCGCCAAAUCCGCUGUGACGAUGCGAUGCGUGCCGUGUUCAAGCAAGAUCGCAUACACAUGUUUACGAUGACCAAAAUCCUCAGCCAGAAUCUGUAUAGUCCCGAUGAAUAA